CACAAGUGCGAAGCCUGGGCUCAGCAGUAAUGCCACGGUCUGCAGGCCUAAGCUGGAUCAGUCGUCAGGCGGUCUACGCACAGGAAGUGCACCCGGUGCUGAUCCGUCAUCUUCCAGGCCCAGCCGCCUUGGACCGGAGAAGAAAAGGCUCUGUGUGAGUACGAGCACAAUGACAUCCUUUCACGCCCGAUGACGGCCCCGGGGCUGCCUUUGGACUUUCUCUCACGGAAAAAGCUAUUUUCAUUUUCUGGUAGCUGUUGUGCGAGUCACGCACGCGUGGAUUACAGAAGUUGGGAGGGGACUUGGCCGAGUGUCAGGACUUUUUUUUUUUUUUCUCAGCGCAGAGCUGACGCACUAAGCCCAAAGAGAGAGAGAGAGGGAAGUCAGUCCGACGAACAGGCGGCGAGCUCCGAUCACACGCCUUUUUGUUGUGGGACAAGAAGCAGCGGAUCUACCAUGUCCACACCUGGGGGUCGUCCACCGCCACGCGAGAGGAGGAUGUGAAGCCCCCGGAAGACUUUGUUGUCUGGUUCCGUACCAGGAGGGCAUGGGCCCGGGCCUCGCUGCAGGAGGAGUCCAUGACCGAGUCCAAGAACCGGGAGGAGGAGAUGGAGAGCUACCGAGACCUCCUGCAGGCCGGCUGCCAGCUGGAGGACACACUGCAGCAGGUCACUGUUCCUAUGAGCAUGACGGAGGUCGGCGGCUACAUAGAGAAGCAGGUUGCGUACCUGUCAGGUGGUCGUGGACAAGACUCCUGCGUCAUCAUCACUCUCCCAGAAUGCUCCGCUUUCAGGGACAUCCCAGAGGAGGCCUUGGCCAAAGUCUUCACGUACCUCACACUCAUCUCUCGAACCAGACAACCAGGGGUCAAGUUUAUCGUCAUUUUGGACCGCAGACUUGACACGUGGGCUUCUAUCAAGAAUGCACUGGCCAGAAUAGCAGCCUCCUUUCCCGGGAACCUCCACCUGGUGUUGGUGCUGCGACCCACCAGCUUCUUCCAUCGCACCGUCGCCGACAUCGGCUUUCGCUUUGGCCAGGAGGACUUCAUGCUGAAGAUGCCGGUGGUGAUGCUGAGCUCUGUCACCGACCUGCUGAAGUACAUCGAUGAGAACCAGCUGACGUCUGAGUUUGGAGGCACUUUGGACUACUGCCAUAGCGACUGGAUCCUUCUAAGGACGGCCAUUGAAGGUUUUGCCGUCACGGUCAAAGACAUCGCGCACAUGCUGCAGGCCUUCGGCACUGAACUGGCCGAGACUGAACUGCCCGGCGAGGGCGGCGCCAUCGAGCGCCUCCUGGCGUCUCACAAUGACAAAUACCGGAAGCUUAAAGAGGCCAUUAGAUCUCUGUUCAAGGAGGGUCAGCAGCUUCUGUCAAGCCUGGAGACAACUACGAGGGACAGCGAGGACCCUCAGUGGGACGUCAAGCUGGACUGGGAGACGGUACAGAGGCUCCUCAAUCAACUGAGAGACAUGGAAUCAGCCUUUGAUGGCUUCUUUGAUAAGCACCACCUGAAACUGCAUCAGUACUUGCAGCUGCUCACAUUCGAGAAAGGCUUUCAUGAGAUGCAGUCGUGUCUGCAGCGUCUGUCGUCUCAGGAGGACGAGCUGUCCACACGUGGUGACACUCCGGCUCAAGCCGAGCAGGCUCUCAAACAGCUGGACACUUCGGAAUUGUUUGCACAGGAUGUGAUGUCACGUGCACAGAUCAUCAUCCUCCACGGACACCAGCUUUCCGCAGGCCACCACUACGCCACCUGUCUCAUCAUGCAGCGCUGCAACGAGCUGCGCCAUCACUGUGAUACCCUCAGCACGGCGCUGGCCGCCAAACGCUGUUGUCUCCUGCAGACGCACCAAUUGCUGCUAUCUCUGGACCAGGCCCAAACCUGGUGUGAUGAUGGAGCGUAUCUGCUGGCCAAUCAGCUGGUGGAGAAGUUCCAGUCCAAGGAAGGGGCUCAGGCUGCUUUGAAGGCCAUUAAGAGCUUCCUGGACCGGGCGCCAUCGUUGAUGACAUCAGGACCUGACGUUCUUGCGCUGGAGUAUGAGGCUGUCAUCACCCCUCAGCUGCAGGUGAAAAUUGAUAAAACGUUUGAGAAGCAUGCAGCCGUGCAGCAGAUGGUCCAGAAUAGACAAGCCAGUCUAAGGAAGCUGGCUGAUAAACAUGUCCGCCCAGUCCAGCUGGUGGCGCCCCGUGCUGAGAACCCGCCUCGCUCUAAGUCCCCUAUCUUCUCACCCAAGCACGCUGAUGGUUUGAAAUUCACCUUUGACCUGCCGCUUCCUGGAAAGAGGGCGUCUCGCAAAGGCCCUAACUCUCGCACAAUCGAGGUCAUCCACCACUACCAGGAGAGUCGCAGCUGCGUGACGUACGGCGUGGAGGGUGAGGACAGCCCUGAUGUUCUCAAGCGUCAUGUGAUGAGGGAACUCAUCGAGACGGAGAGAAUCUACGUGGAGGAGCUGCUGUCCGUUCUUCUGGGCUACAAGGCUGAGAUGGAUAACCCACUUCUGUCGGGUCUCCUGCCGGCCGCCCUGCGCAGCAAGAGAGGCGUCCUCUUUGGAAACAUGUCAGACAUCUACAAUUUCCACAGCAGAGUAUUUCUCCAGGACUUGGAGGGAUGCCUCGAGACUCCAGAAGGUGUUGGAAUCUGCUUUCUAGCGAGGAAAGACCACUUCCAAAUGUACGAGUGCUACUGUCAGAAUAAACCACGUUCGGACGCUCUGUGGCGACAGUUCUCUGACUGCGCCUUCCUUCAGGAGUGUCAGAAGAAGCUGGGACACAAACUGGGCCUUGACUCUUACCUGCUGAAACCUGUGCAACGCCUCACCAAAUAUCAGCUGCUGCUAAAGGAGCUGCUCAAAUACAGCACAGACUGCGAGGGUUCCUCUGAGCUGCAGGGGGCGCUAACAGCCAUGCUGGACCUGCUCAAGUCGGUCAACGACUCCAUGCAUCAGAUCGCCAUCACGGGAUACGAGGGGGACAUCUGCGAGCUGGGCCGCGUGUUGAUGCAAGGGCCCUUCAGCGUGUGGAUCAGCCACAAGAGAGGGUCCACUCGCAUGAAGGAGCUGGCCCGCUUCAAGCCCAUGCAGAGACACCUCUUCCUCUACGAGACGGUGCUGUUGUUCUGCAAGAGGAGGGAGGAGCACGGAGACGGCUGCGAUAAGACGCCCUCGUACGGCUUCAAGCACUGCAUCAAGAUGACCGCUGUGGGGAUCACAGAGAACGUCAAAGGAGAUCCGAGGAAGUUUGAGAUUUGGUACAGUGGCAGAGAGGAAGUGUACGUGGUUCAGGCUCCCAGCGUGGAGGUGAAGACGUCGUGGCUCAGCGAGCUCCGUCGGAUCUUGACCAACCAGCAGAGGCUCCUACGAGAUGAGGCCCAUCAAAACGGACAACAGGUAGAGCACAUGCAGCUUUCUCCGCCACCUUGUGACAGUAAGCAACAGAGGGCGUCAAUGAGCUCAGAGGACACGGAGUCCGGUAGGAGCAGUCCGGAUCGUCAGCGGCGCUCCCCGAAACGACGGCUGAUGAACCGCAGGAGUUGGCCGGGAGCUCAUCACUCAUCCAACAAUUGUCUGGAGGAAACGUCUGGAGGCAUUCUGGACAACCAGUCUGACGCACAACUGGUCAAACUGUCUCCAGGUAAAUAUCGGGCCUCAGUGGACUGCUUUCAAAACGGGCCAGACAGCAUGGUCAUCAAAAGUGGUGACGUCAUCCAGCUCAUGUGUGAAGACGACAAAGGCCGAUGGCUGGUGAGGAACCUGAGUCGGCACCAGGAUGGCUUCGUCGCGUCCACCCGCCUGCAAGUGACCAUAAGGGGGAGCCGUCGAGCAGGCUCGUCGGGGCUGAGGGCAAGGGUCCGGGAAAGAAAGCUCAGUUCUCCUUAACCACAGGGGGGCGCCAGUGAGUCUAACGAUGAACGUUUGGCGACUCCAGUCGCGCUCAUGUCCUCGCAGAUUUUGACUGACAAUCUGGACCAAUCGGUGUUUUACCUCCACAUAUUUACGCCGGAUUGUAAGAAGAAGAAAAAAGACGGUAAGCACAAAAGCUACACGAGCGCCGCGUCGUCUCCUCGGCUGCAAUCAUGGGUGUGUAAGUGGAGUGGUGGUCUUUGUCCUGGUUUUUUACAUUUUGACCUAUGCCGUGAAUCAACGUUGCAACAAAAAAACAUUCUUUGGACACAAAGACAAUCAAAGACCAAACUGUGGCCCCCCGAACUGAAAUUUUGGACCAUAGCCUCAGAGCCACUAGGGGGCAUACUUGAUGAUGUGAAGUUCUGUGAUGUGACAGGGAUUCCAUUUUCUGGACAUUUCAGUUCCUUGUCAGCAUUUAAGUGCAGCACACCAUUUCUAAGGGAUUUUAGUUCCCUUGAUCUUUGCAAUAAUACUUAUUUCCUCAUGUGCUCCUCUCUACUAAAGUGCCAAAAUGAUGUUUUUUCCAUCCUCCAACUUUUACGAAUGUCCACGGAUGUUUUCAUUCAUCCAUCAAAAGUGGAUUCUUCAGUUAGUCUCAGAAGACGUUUGGCCUCUCGUUUGAACUGGCUGCAUUAGUUGGAGCUUAUAGACUUAGGACAGCUCUAGUUUGAGCGGAUGGUGCAGGACCAGAGGCGACAAUUGUGAUGCAAAAAAAUCCCAACUUUGAGAGGAUAAAUACCAAAACCCAAAACCAGUGAAGUUGGCACGUUGUGUAAAUGGUAAAUAAAAACAGAAUACAAUGAUUUGCAAAUCCUUUUCAACUUAUAUUCAAUUGAAUAGACUGCAAAAACAAGAUAAUUAAUGUUCCAACCGAGGAACUUAAUUUUUUUUGCAAGGAAUCAUUAACUUAGAAUUUAAUGGCAGCAACACAUUGGUAAAAAGUUGUCACAGGGGCAUUUUUACCACUGUGUUACAUGGCCUUUCCUUUUAACAACCCUCAGUAAACGUUUGGGAACUAAGGAGACACAUUUUUGAAGCUUUUCAGGUGGAAUUCUUUCCCAUUCUUGCUUGAUGUACAGCUAAAGUUGUUCAACAGUCCGGGGUCUCCGUUGUGGUAUUUUAGGCUUCAUAAUGCACCACACAUUUUUAAUGGGUGACAGGUCUGGACUACAGGCAGGCCAGUUUAGUACCCGGACUGUUUUACUAUGAAGCCACGCUGUUGUAGCACGUGGCUUGGCAUUGUCUUGCUGAAAUAAGCAGGGGCGUCCAUGAUAACGUAGCUUGGAUGGCAACAUAUGUUGCUCCAAAACCUGUAUGUACCUUUCAGCAUUAAUGGUGCCUUCACAGAUGUGUAAGUUACCCAUGUCUUGGGCACUAAUACACCCCUAUACCGUCACAGAUGCUGGCUUAUGAACUUUGAACAAUCUGGAUGGUUCUUCUCCUCUUUGUUCAAGAGGACGCAACGUCCACAGUUUCCAUAAACAAUUUGACAUGUGGACUCGUUAGACCGCAGAACGCCACUUUAUCAGUUCAUCUUAGAUGAGCUCGGGCCCAGCGAAGCCGGCGGCAUUUCUGGGUGUUGUUGAUAAAUAGCUUUCGCUUUGCGUAGUAGAGUUUUAACUUGCACUUACAGAUGUAGCGACCAACUGUAGUUACUGACAGUGGUUUUCUGAAGUGUUCCUGAGCCAAUGUGGUUAUAUCCUUUACGCACUGAUGUCGCUUUUUAAAUCAGUACCGCCUGAUGGUGAUAUCUCUAAAUGUGUUAUGUACCGGAGGAGUAGACAGCACAGACAACAAAGGCGUAGUAUAGCUCUAUGUAUUCAUUUUAUAUAUGUAUAUAUAUAUAUAUAUAUAUAUAUAUAUAUACAUAUAUAUAUAAUACCAAACAAUAAUAUAAAUAAACUAGAGAAUGGAGUGUGACUAGAUACAAAAUGUGUAUGGUGUGCACUAAGUGUGAGAAUUAACUGUUGUGUGUUACUGUGAAUGUUGAGCGAGAGGCAGUCAGAAGAAACGCGGGGUGGGACGAGACGCACGGCUCGUAGCUCGGGAACGAAGGGGUAGCUGCUAGGAACAACAAGGGGAGAAACACAAACCAAUCAUACGAUGGGGAAAGAAACACGGAGAGAGAAAGGCAUAGAGCUUUGUUAGAUGACUUACUGUACUCGAACAGAAGACUACGUUCUGGCCCGGAACGCAGGUCUGCACUGGCUUAAGAAGCCCAGGAAGAUCAUCAACGACAGGUGCGCUGAGUGCUGAUUGAUUGCAGCUGCUUGCCGCCGCCGGAGUGGCGCGUGCAGGAGAUGAGCGGCCGUGGGCGUAGCCCGGGGUGUGCUCCGCGGGGCUCACUGAUGAAUGCGCAUUGGCAUUGCAAAAUUCCUUGCAAUAGCUGGUUGAGAAAUGUUGUUCUUAAACUGUUGGACAAUUUGCUCACAAAGUGGUGACCUUCACCCCAUCCUUGUUUGUGAAUGACUGAGCAUUUCAUGGAAGCUGCUUUUAUACCCAAUCAUGGCACCCACCUGUUCCCAAUUAGCCUGUUCACCUGUGGGAUGUUCCAAAUAAGUGUUUGAUGGGUAUUCCUCUACUUUCUCAGUCUUGUUUGCCACUUGUGCCAGCUUUUUUAAAACAUGUUGCAGGCAUCAAAUUCCAAAUGAGCUAAUAUUUGCAAAAAGUUUUCCAGUUCGAACGUUAAGUAUCUUGUCUUUGCAGUCUAUUGAAUUGAAUAUAAGUUGAAAAGGAUUUGCAAAUCAUUGUAUUCUGUUUUUAUUUACCAUUUACACAACGUGACAACUUCAAUGGUUUUGGGUUUUGUACUUUGGAUCCUGCAUUAUCCUCUCAGACUGGAGCGGUGUUAUCCAAGUCUAAGAGGGUCAGAAGCAAAACCAUCCUUGCCCGAGCACGCCCUCCUCUUGUCGGAGUAUAAAUAGUUGGGGUUUUUGGCACCAGCAUCUGGACUAGAUCUGACCAAUGGAGGUCUAUGAGCAUGAAGUGAUGAAGCCCGCUCGGAUGAGAGACGAAACAUUUUCUGAGACAAACUGAUCAGUCCUGUUGUAAUCCAUCGAAUGCCCUGAGAAAACUUUUAAAAAUGCUUUUAAGGUACAAUUCAGAAUGUGUCAGCAUUCAAAUGAUGUACGUACAGUAUAAACUGUAGCACUCUGACUACGUAUAUACUGUAGCACUCUGAAUGUACGUAUAUACUGUAGAACUCUGACUGUACGUAUAUACUGUAGCACUCUGACUACGUAUAUACUGUAGCUCUCUGACUGUACGUAUAUACUGUAGAACUCUGACUGUACGUAUAUACUGUAGCACUCUGACUACGUAUAUACUGUAGCUCUCUGACUGUACGUAUAUACUGUAGCACUCUGAAUGUACAGUAUAUACUGUAGCACUCUGACUGUACGUAUAUACUGUAGCUCUCUGACUGUACGUAUAUACUGUAGAACUCUGACUGUACGUAUAUACUGUAGCACUCUGACUACGUAUAUACUGUAGCUCUCUGACUGUACGUAUAUA